AAUAGUGUUGAGAAUGCAAAGCUGUUUACUCCUUUUAAAGUGGGGCACUUUCAGGCUUUUUCUUUCUGAAUGAUAGGAGUUCGGAGCAAAAAGGAGCUAAAAGUUUAUGAUUUCAGAAUGGAGACAACAUGUUACUGUGAGAUUUUGAGAAGGCUACAGAUGAGCAAAAGGAGCUGCUGAAGAAACCAAACUAAAAUGUGACUUACUUGCAAAAAUAGUCCUUUCUGCAGAAUUCUAUGAAUGCGUGGGUUAUCACUGAUGCAAAUACACACAUGUGCUGCCAAUCACUCUCAAAGGAACAUCCUGCUUUCAGCAAAUGGAAAGAAAGUUUGUAGUUCUAAGACCUCUUCUCUGUCUUUGAUAAUGCACCAUUCAAACGCUGCCGAACGCUUCUCACUCUCCAACCAGGGAACCAGAGUGGCUUCAGCAGCUCCCUCAAUGUUAUCUUCAAUCCAGCCAUUGUCUACGCCCAAAUGUUCUUUUAUGCACCUCCCCCCAGGCUCUUUAACCAACACACCUACACGUCUUCACUACUCCAUGCCAUCUUGCCAUUAUGGGAGCCAACAAUCUGCAUAUGGGGUGAUGGCAGUCUGCAGUAAUGCCUCUAUAUGCACAGAUGGGCUGGCUCCAUGUCUGUACAAACUGCCUGACCACACACUGAGCACGUCUUCCUGCCCUCUGGGACAUGGAUUUGCCCCGAUUCAUCAGUCAGUCCUAAGCGAAGAAUCCAUUGUCAUCGACCUCAAACAGGAGUUUCGAAAAAAGAAUAAAACAACUGAGGAGCCAGUUAGUUUGGAUUCUCCAGAAAUCAAAGAGUUGGAGCUGUUUGCGAAUCAAUUUAAAGUGAGAAGAAUAAAGCUAGGUUACACUCAAACUAAUGUUGGUGAGGCUCUUGCUGCUGUGCAUGGUUCAGAGUUCAGUCAAACAACUAUUUGCCGCUUUGAAAAUUUACAGCUCAGUUUCAAAAAUGCUUGUAAGCUCAAAUCAAUUCUUUCCAAGUGGAUAGAUGAAGCAGAACAAGCAGGAGCUUUAAAUAAUGAAAGAACUGGAACAAAUGAAAGAAAAAGAAAGCGAAGAACUACAAUCAGCCUGCUGGCUAAAGAAGCCCUGGAGACACACUUUGGACAUCAAAGUAAACCUUCCUCACAGGAGAUCAUACAGAUGGCAGAUAGUCUAAAUCUGGAAAAAGAAGUUGUCAGAGUCUGGUUCUGUAACCGUCGGCAGAGAGAGAAACGGGUGAAGACAAAUCUGCACCACAAUUCAUUUCAGUUUCCUUUCAAAGAACAUCAUGAUUAUAGAUAGCUAUUAACCAAAGUAUUGGAAAACAUACAGAAACUUAUGAAUCAGAAUAUAUUUAUAAAAUAAACAAUUAUUGCUCAUUUCGGUCAAAUGAUCUUUCUUCAUCUGAGGAAUUAGGUCACAACCUUUUAAUGACUGCUUUAAUUUUUGGAGAUUUUCAAUACUUCUCUCAAGUACCUUGCCAAAGUGACCACAUUAAUGUGUGAGCCUCUAAACAGAGUGCUGCUGAUUCUUCUCACUAAAGUUGAUGGUGAGAGCAGUGAUGUAUUGUCUUAGAGGUUAAUUCUCUUUCAUCCUGCAGAAAUACCAAAUUUCCAGAGAUGAAACCCUGGCAUAAAACACAGAAGCCACUUGUGGCAGUUUUGUUGCCAUCAGUUAACUCAAUAGUCUGGAUACCAAACAAUUAUUCUGAUUUUGCAUCUCAGCUAUUCACCAACCAAACCAGCCAAUUUUUAGUCAAAUUCUCUUUAAUCUAUUAGUUAUCUGGUCAUUUUCACUCAAAGAAGUAGAAUUUGCACUAAUCUUGCAGAAUUCACAAUUAGACAAUUGAGCUCAUUUUAAAACUCAUGGGUUUUAUUGUAAAGUUCAUGUGUUAUGAAAAUUAUUGACAAUAUCAUGAUUUUCCUAAAUUAAUCAAGAGUCAAUUGAGUUUGAUGGCAGUAUUAUUUAUUGACUUGAUGAAGAAAGCAUCAGAAGCCUGAACAUUUUAUGUGAAAUUUCAAAUAUUAGUGAAAAACAAUGAAUAUUAUAUCUCUCAAAAUUGGGAUCAAGGGGAAAUAAAGUACUCGGUGAAUAGGAGAGAACUCCAAGAGAAGGAACAAUAGCAGCACAAGUUCAGGAAAUAUGCCCAGUUACUCAUUGUGCCUGUGUAAUUAAUAUUUUAGUGCCAACAAUGGGAAAACAAGAUAAUCAUGAACCUCCAGAAGACAGUAAAGAUUAGUUAUAAUUUUUGUAAUGCAGCUGAAUGCUAUAGCAAUGUGUCUAAAUUAACAAUGUCUAUAACAAUUCCCUAUUAUGACAGUCUUGUUUAAUUUUCAUGAAAUAAAAACGUCAAAUUUUA